AUGCUUUUCCCCCUACCCCACCUCGCCUCCUUGGCGUGUUGGUUCCUGCUGUUCUUUAGCGGGGUUGCCGAGGAGCAAAAUAAUUCCACUGGUCUCGUGGAAAUUGACUUGGUCUUCCCGCGCAAUGAGACAUACAAUCCGUCACCAUUGAUGCCCAUCGUUUUCUCUUACCGAAACACUAGGCUCAUGCCACUCCUCAGGCCUACAAUCACCUAUGAGAUCUGGAGGUACAGCAAUUUUGGUGGUCCCAACAUUAGCGGCCGGCAAGAAGUUCCCUUGGUCAAUCACUCCAGCAGCGACCCUUAUCUGAAGCAUAGCUUCUACAUGUUUGACUUCGACACCGAGGACACAUGGCUCUUGGCAUUCCAUGUCCGCUGGACCAAUUGUGUUGAGGACGGCGAGGGGUCCCCUGGGUUUGACCCUUACACCGUCCUUCGGACCAACCUGACCAAUGUCGCCAUUGUUUUCACCACAAAGGGUCCCUCGAAGCAGAUCGACCUUGUUGCUGCAACCAGCAACCAGACUUGCGCGGCCCCUGCUGGAGUCGCCAUCGACAUCGCAAGCACAGAGGACACGUUUUUGUCGACCGACGAGUAUGAAGAAGAUCGCUGCCCGGUGGUUACAUCUCCGCCAACCGAGGCAGAGAGCUGCGCCGUCACGAUAGUGGCGGGCCGCCACUGA